AUGACCUUCCUCUGGUUCCUCUCCUGCUGUGCCCUCCUGGGCUCUGCCUUCGGCUGCGGGGUCCCCGCCAUCCACCCUGUACUCAGCGGCCUUUCCCGCAUUGUCAAUGGGGAGGACGCUGUUCCCGGCUCCUGGCCAUGGCAGGUUUCCCUACAGGAUAGCACAGGUUUCCACUUCUGCGGGGGCUCCCUCAUCAGUGAGAACUGGGUGAUCACCGCUGCCCACUGCAGCGUCAGAACCUCUCACCUGGUUGUGGCUGGCGAGUUUGACCAGGGUUCAAAUGACGAGGCCAUCCAGGUGCUGAAGAUUGCCCAGGUCUUCAAGAACCCCAAGUUCAACAUGUUCACCAUCAACCACGACGUCACCCUGCUGAAGCUGGCCACGCCCGCCCGCUUCUCCCAGACCGUGUCCUCCGUCUGCCUGCCCAACCAGGGCGACGACUUCCCCGCCGGCUCCCUCUGCGCCACCACUGGCUGGGGCAAGACCAAAUACAACAACCCCAACACCCCCGAGCGUCUGCAGCAGGCCACCCUGCCCCUCCUGUCCAACGCCGAGUGCCAGAAGUACUGGGGCAGCAAGAUCACCGACCUGAUGGUCUGCGCAGGCGCCAGCGGCGUCUCCUCCUGCAUGGGUGACUCUGGUGGCCCCCUGGUCUGUCAGAAAAAUGGCGCCUGGACCCUGGUGGGCAUCGUGUCCUGGGGCAGCGGCACUUGCUCCACCGCCAGCCCUGGUGUGUACGCCCGCGUCACCAAGCUCAUGCCCUGGGUGCAGGAGAUCCUGGCCGCCAACUGA